UCAAAAUAUUGCAACUGGCGGGAAAGUCUGCCAUGUUGUAAAGUGUCGAAGGAAUCAUAUUGAAUAUUUUGAAGUGCUUUGAGAAUGGAAAUUGAUAUAGAAGAACGUGAUCGUGAAUAUAAUGAAUCCGAGCAAAUCGAUGGUUAUGGUUCUCUUUCUGAUGGAGCUGAAGAAGAGUCAGCUAGCAAGAACGAUGAAGAUGAAAGUAAUCAUGAAACGAAACGAAGGAUUGAUCCAAGUGCCAAACCACGUACAGUAAGAAAUCCUCAGCCCAAGUUAAAUACUGAACUACUGAAAGGACCAAAAGGAGUACAUACUAUUGAAAAAUAUUUCGAAGGUUUUAAAUAUAAUGGGAAAGGUCAUGAGAAGCACGAUUUAAAUCGCAUCAUGAAACGUUUAGAGCAUUGGGCACACAGACUUUAUCCAAGAUUACAAUUUGAUGAUUUUCUUGAGAAGGUUGCAAUCUUGGAAAAGAAGAAGGAUCUUCAAGUACACGUUAAAAAAUACCGACUAGAUAUGUUGGUUGAAAAUGAUGAUAUCAUACAGGAAGAAAUGGAUGUGGAUGAUAGUGAACAGAUUAACGAUGCUCCAGUUGAUGAAUUUGAUUUGUUGCUUGCAGAACAAAUAGCAAAGCAAAAACAAACAGUAGUUGACGAACAAGCUACUAUGGAUACUAGCAUGUCAAAACAUAAUACAUCUGCAUCUGGUGAUCCUAUAUUUAAUACAAGUACUGUUAGCAAUACACCAAGAAAGGAUGUGCUGCCAUCAAAGAAUUCAACAUUAAGUGAGGAAAUGAAGCAAAGAAUAGAACGAAACAGACAACUAGCAAUAGAAAGAAGAUCGGCAAGAAUGAAAAUGAGGGUGGAGAAAACAGAAGUUGUAAAUGAAAAUAUUUACAGUACAGAAACCACAAGCAAUAACACAUUACCACAAAUAACUCAAGAGCAUGUUAUAGAAGUUGUUACUACAAAUGAAAUAACCAUAAAUUCUGAUGGAAAUGAUACUGGUCCGUUAGAAUUAAUGAACAGUGAAAACAAUCAAAAUUGUGAGCAAUCUCACAUACAGAAUCCUACAAAUAUAACGAAUGAAGAAAGUACUUCAGUUCCCAAUGAUGUGGGUUAUGACUCGCCAAAAGAAAAUGAAAAUGUAGAGAAUAAAACAACUGAUGUAAUGACAUCAAAUAAGGUUCUAACAAGCAAUGAACUAAAAAUGGAAAUAAAUGCAGCUGUGCAUGAACUAGUGAACUCGAGAAAGCAGAAAAAUGAAUGAAGAAAGUAUUUAAUAGUAGACUGCAUUUUAUGUAUGAACGUUAUUGUAAUCUAAAAUUACAGUUUAUUUUGUAUGGUUUGUAACAUAUACCAUGUUAGGACUAAAAAUAAAUGAUAUAUUUGUAUGAAUCAUAUUUAUUGAAA